AUGGAUUUCGAGGACAACUACAUGUAUUCCUCCCAGCUGAACGCGCCCCACAUGUAUGCUCCCCAGCCGAAUGUGCCCCAGAUGUACAACCCCCCCGCAGGUGGCGUACUACCGAACCUACCACAUUACUUGAAUCAGCUGCCGUUCUAUGGGAUGGGUGACCUCGGGUCCUAUCUGGGUCAGACUGUAUUCGAUACCGUUAUGCCGGGUCCUGCAGCACAGGAGCAUAUCUACUCAUACCACAGGAACAGUCCUGUAGAACCGCCCCUCACAGAGCCCCACUUUCAAUCGACCGCAACGCUGCCCGCCCCAUCUACAGAGCCCACAAACUGGAUGCCAUCAGGUUUACGAAGCACUCCACGGCACAGCCCGAGGGCAACGUCGCGUAUUAGUGGUCCCUCGACGCUGAGCACACUGGAUACAAGCGGUGUGACUAUGUACAGCCCCUCCCCAACAACGCCCCUAAACAGGGCGUCUCAGAGCCCAGGCUUUCCCGGCCCGGAUUUUAUGACAGGAACGGGCCCCCGGCAAUCCCCAAUAUCUCCACUGCAAAAGAGGCCAUUCGAUUCAUCAGCGGAUGAUUCAUUGCAUGGACGGAGGGUCGUACCGCGCCACGCCGGCGCAUCAAAUGUCCACUCGGUGCCGUCGGGAGGGACUGAUACAUCAUCGAUCAAAUCAAGAGUUCCUGGACGAGGUCCCACUGUCCCCCAGCAACUGUACAAUGUGGGGACAACGCACGCAUUUUACUUCAGCCCGGGAAGUGGAACGACGGUCGCUUUCAACGUCGCAGAGGGAGCUGGCAUCCCGUUGCAACAGUUGUUGGAUCGGCAAUCAUUCCACCUCCAGGCACGGGAUGAACGUAUUGCAGACAUGUCCGGGGAUACAGUAUCCAUUCGCAUUGAGUGGCCUGGAUACCCAUCAUUCACAAAGCAAAUAGCUUCAAAGGACUGGAAGAAAGAAAGGUCAUUCAACACACGCGAAAGGCUGGCGAUGAAAGUUGCGGGCGCCGUUGCUUCUUUCUUUAGGAAGCAUGCGAAUACCCCAUGUGACCCCCCGAAUUCGUCAUGGCGCAUUGGUCCCAAUGGCAUUCGCGUUGAGCACGUCGUCCUUGUCUCACUGCACCGCGUGUCACAGGGGAGCUGGCAACCCAAACUGUGUCUCCUUCGUGACAAUGCCCAGCAGUGA